GCGAAAAAAUCCGCAUUUUUUGAAGAGAUGGUAGAGACAGGCCGUCCCAACUGGAAAAAGGCGCCCCCCGAAGUAAAAGCCCGUUCCCGAGGCGUUUUCUUGAUUCUUCUAUCGAUUCCUGUUAUUCUUGUUCCCGGGUGGGAAAUAUACAGACGACUUUCAGGAAGAUCGACCAAGAAGGUCCAAGUGGGUGAGCUCGGCGACGAUAAAUCCAUCAGAAAGUUCGAUGAAAUUGAAAAGUGGGAGACAGAGAGGGACAGUAUUUUGUACAAGAUAUUUGGAAGGGAUUUUUAUCUCGACGGAUUCACAGCUAAAACAAUGAAACAAGACGAGCCUACUGAA